AUGGAACCCCCCAAGGAGAGCAGCAUCUUCCCACCCCAUCCCUACUAUAUCCCCGGCUACGAGGGCUACGUCCCUCAGUUCAACUAUCAGUUUGGGGAGACCUAUGGCAAAACCACCUACCGGCUGCUGACGGACCCCGGGGUCAGGAAGAGCCCUCGGUCGGUGCUGGCGCCGCUGCACAAGCAGAAAUUCAUGGAGGACUUCAGCGAGACCAAGCACGGUGUCCAGGCUUAUCUCCCUGGGCGUCCAGGAUAUUUUCCCUAUGUGCAAGCUGAGGCUGCAGCAAGCCUUCCCGACCCGGUCAUUGAGCCAAAACCUCUCCCGGCGGUGCCAGGGCUGGAAGAGGCAGAGAUGAUAAGGAUGCACAUGGACCCUCAGCCCCAGGACCACCCUGGCGAGUACGUCCCGUGGACACGACUGCCUCGGGGGUACCCACGGAGGGUUCCGUGCCAGCCCGUGUCUGAGGGGCAAGAGUGGCAACUGCCUGAGAUAACCCCAGCCAGAAGGUGCAGAGCCCUGGAAGGGAGCAAACAGUUUGAAGGUAUGACUCUGCCAGGAGUGGCUGACACCGCAGAGCAGGACUAUCGGUUACCAAGACUGGACAUACCAAGAGUGAUCCAAGAGAAAGUCAUCCCAGGGUACACUGGGUUCAUCCCCCGCUUCACCUGGAUUUAUGGCGUGAGGUACAUCCAGGGGGUGAAGGACGCCAUGGACGAAUUUGGACAACACCAGUUUUUGCAGAGAAACCCAGUUUGCAGCUUUGGCAAGAGACUUCCCCAAACGUACUGGCCUAACUACAGGAUUUACACCAGCGCUGGGCUGAUCCCUUCCUACACGGGCUUCGUCCCAGACCUCCGCCACACCUACGCCCUCACCUACGGAAACGGCACCCGCAAAGUUUACCAAAAGCAACAAAAGAGACGAGCUCGUGCACUGUGAAAAAUGCUUUAAUGGUGCCUGUACAGCAUCUGAAGUGACUUUGAGA